AUGUCCCCAGGGAGCUUGUACGAGAUGGAGACUGAGGGUCAUCGACACACGUCGCUGUGGUCCAGGGACGUGGAGGCUGCGAGCCGUAACCUGGGGAAUGCCGUGAGUAGUGGUGGAGGAGGGGGAGGUGGUGUUGGUGGGGUCAUGAGGCAAGACUCAGACGAUGAGGGGUUAGGCAAGAUCUCACAGGCCAUGACACUGCUCUCGCUCCACCGUGGCCAGAACGACGCCGACAGCCACGGGCAGUCCUCCACAGCAACCACGCCUCGUUCAGCCAACAUCCCGCCGUCGUGGCCGGAUCCGGAAGAGCUCUUAAAAGAAUCGCUGCGGCAGUCGCUGUCGGCGCUGCACGCCCUGGGGCGUAUCAAGGCGCUCAGUGGGCGGCUGCCGGCCGACGAAGAGGUUGAUACGGGCGGUGAGAUUGCGCAGAUCAUGGGCAUUUAUGAUCGUGCGGUCGGGGAGAUGAGGGCUGCGGGGGAGGUGCUGGAUUUGGCGCAGCAGUAUCUGGCGAGGGAGAAAGAGGUGGUGCUGGAGCAACUGCUGAAGGGGUAG